AUGGCCGCUAAUCAAAGAGCAGCGGAAGAUGAAAAACGCACACUGAAUUCUCUACUGCGUAUGGCUAUUCAACAGAAAUUAGCUCUUACACAAAGGUUAGAAGAUUUGGAAGUUGAUCGUGAAAGACAAGCAUUUAAACGUGGCAACAAAGCAUCAGGGCGAGUUGUAAAUGCGGAUGGUUCCGGACAAUUGCACCGAGUGAAAUUUACGCAGUGGGAAGUAGUGCUUGUUCUUUUUGGCAUGUAUUGGUUUAAUCAUGUGCGGUAUGAGUAUGACAGGUAUAGUACAUUUCUUGGCUUAAUGCGACGUUAUUCAGUUCGCGGAAAAGUUUCCAGUUCAACCUUCCGUUCAGUUCUCGCUCAAAUCACAUUACUUAUGUUCGAACCACCUAGUCGUUGCCAGCCAAGACUCAUCUCGAUGUGCUUGAGAUAACGUUUAGACAAAGCUGUGGGAUUUUGUGCUGUUGCCGACUACUAUCUUUUGCCACCAUAA